UUCCAGAACACCACAUCGAUCACGACAGUAACAAACAUGGAGCCAAUCAACAACAAUGACAGUCCAAAUGAUGUUGUCAGCAAUACCAAUGCAUUGCCCGACAAUGCUGCCUUUGACCAACAACAACAAAUGAACUAUCACUACCAACAACAACAACAACAAUCACAAACACAAACCCAACAACAACAAUUCCACCCAAUGCAUCACCAACCAAUGAUGCCAUCGAUACCCUUCCACCCACAUGCCCCUCACAUGGUUAUGUCAGCACCACCACCUCCAUACUACCCUGGAUCAUUCGCCACGCUCUACGUUGGCGAUCUCGCACCAGACGUCAACGAGGUGAUUUUGGCAGAGCUGUUUGCCAAGAUUGGCACUCAAGCCGUGGCCUCUAUCCACAUUUGUCGCGACUCUCUGAGCUACCGCUCGUUGGGCUACGCCUAUGUGAACUUCUUCACCAGCGCCGAUGCUGAGCGUGCCCUUGACACACUCAACUACACCGUCGUGAUGAACCGACCAAUCAGGAUCAUGUGGUCGUCGCGUGAUCCAACCCGCAGAAGAUCCAACGUUGGAAACAUCUUUGUCAAGAACCUGGACAAGGCUGUCGACAAUGCCAUGCUCUACGAUUCGUUCAGCAAGUAUGGAAACAUCCUUUCCUGCAAGGUCGAGAUGGAGAAGGGUAUCUCCAAGGGCUACGGAUAUGUCCACUUUGAGACUGCCGAUGCUGCCGACAGUGCCAUUCAGAAAGUAAAUGGCAUCAUCCUACUCGGUAAACAAGUGACUGUGGAACCAUUCGUCUCUAAAUUCGAGAGAUUCAAGGAGAGAAAUGAGAGCAAACUCUUUAUUAAGAACCUGGACGAGACUGCCACUGUUGAGAUUAUCCAACAGGAGCUGAGCAGGUUUGGAGAGAUUGAGUCAUGCACAAUCAGAACCGAUCCAGAUGGAAAGCCCAAGGGACUCGGUUUCGUCGAGUUCAAGGACCCAGAGGUUGCCAAGAACUUGCUCAACUCUACCGAGGUUAUCACCAUCUUAGACAAACAGAUUGGUCUCGAGCGCAUCAAGAACAAGAUAGAGAGAAACAUUGAAUACCGUCUGCAGAAAGCGAACUUGACAGUAUAUAUCAACAACAUCGACGAGUCAAUCGACAAGGAGCUGAUAAGAGAGAGAUUUUCACAGCACGGAGCAAUCACUUCGAUCAAUGUGGUUGCCCAUGAGAAUGGAAAGAACCGUGGCUACGCUUUCAUUGUCUACUCUACGCACGAGGAGGCUUUGAAGGCCAUUCAGGAGAUGAAUGGUCAGACUUUAGGUGCCAAGGAGAUUGGCGUCAGCUUCUCCAGCAAGAAGUACAAAAAGAGAGUCCAGCAGCCACAUCAGCAAGUCCCUCAGUAUCCUCCCUACGUUUACUUCAGAGGUCCAUAUCCAGAACCCUUCCCACCACAGUACUAUCCAAUGCCAGUCCCCCAUCAAGGAGGAGCAGCAGGCGUCAGAUAUCCAAAGCCAAUGGGUCAGGGAUACACAAAGACCAAUGGUUCUGCAGGCAGUCGUUCAAACAACAACAACAACUCAUCCACCACUCAAAAUGGUAACAGCAACAACAACACUGAAUCAACUCAGAGCCCAAUCUAUCAGCAGAGACCAUCGAGAGGCUUCCGCAAGCAAAGAGGAUCAUUCCCACAUUACAACAAUCAACAAAGGAAAGGUGAGGACAACAACAACAACAACAGCGCAAGACAAACAAACCCAACACCAGCCACCAAUGAUGCUCCCCAGCCUGUUGCCACCACACUGACGCUCGAGUCUGUGUUGGCAAUGUCCCCAGAGGAGGCCAAGGAGGCCAUUGGAGGCGAAAUCUACAACUUGGUCAUGGCAAGAUACCCAGACUCUGCACCCAAGAUCACUGGCAUGAUUCUCGAUUCACUCCAAGACGUCAAGGCUCUCUUUGAGCUGCUCGCCACUGGAAAGGUCCAUGAACGCAUUGAGCAAGCCCAAGUGCUCAUCAUCGAAGCUUCCAACAACCAAGUGGAGGUGGUCGCAGCC